CUGCCCGCUCCAGAUAAAAGUCGACCGUUCACGGUUGCUAUGGUUUCUUCAGAUUAGGAUUUAUUGUUGUUGCGCUCACUCCGAAAAUUCUUCAGAAAUUUCAGAGCUUUACGUUUUAAUUAUGUCUUCUUUUAUAUGGAAUGAAAAGUUUUGGCUUCCGCCAAACGUAACAUGGGAUUUAAUGAAAGAAAUAAAUUCAGCUGGUGUUUCACCAACUCUCACAAAAUCUAUGGACUGCUUUUAUGCUGUAGCUGUUCUUACAGCCAUUCGUUAUUAUUUGAAAGAGUCUGUUUUUAUUCCUCAUGGUCUUUCACUGGGUUUGCGCUUCCCCAAAAUAUCUCAUGUUCCUGACAUACCGGCCUUAAAGAUGGUAUUUGAAAAAAAUCACAAACCCACAUACGCUCAGAUAAAGGAACUUUCGAAAACUCUUAAUUUAAGCGAUCGGUCGAUUGAAGCGUGGUUUCGAAAAAAACGUAACUGCGAAAAGUUUCCAACGAUUGUGAAAUUUGUAGAAUCUGAGUGGAAGUUAUGCUACUAUACUACCAUGUUUUUGUACGGAUUAUUUGCGUUGCACGAUAAGUCCUACUUCUGGGAUGUGAGAGAUACGAUGUUGAAUUAUCCAUAUCAUGUUUUGACCCCAGAAAUUCAUUGGUAUUAUAUGGUACAACUUGGAUACUACACAGCUUCAUUAUUAUGGAUUUUUUAUGAAGUCAAACGAUCGGAUUUCAAAGUUCUUCUUGGACAUCAUAUUUCAACAGUUUCAUUGUUAACAUUCUCAUAUAUAACAAAUUAUCAUCGAGUUGGUUCUGUUGUUCUCAUACUUCAUGAUAUUGCAGAUUGUUGGAUGGAAGCAGCUAAGAUAUGCAAAUAUGUCAAUAAACAAUUGGCCACUGAAGUGUUAUUUUCUAUUUUUGUACCCGUUUGGAUUGUUACACGAUUAACAUACUUUCCACUGUGGGUAAUUUGGACAACUUUUAAAUUUGGCAUCUUUGUAUAUGGUCCAUAUCCAGCUAAUCUUAUUAUGGUUGGAUUUUUAUUAGUUUUACAAAUUUUGCAUAUUUAUUGGUUUUGUUUAAUUGUAAAAAUUGCAGUACAAGUCAAAUCAAAUGGACGUAUUGUUAAGGAUUGUCGUAGUGAAAGUGAACUCUCCGAUGAAUCCAAUCAAAUAACGAAAUUAAAUUCUAUUCAUGAAACAAAAUGUUACAAUAAUUAUCAUCAUACAAACCAAACUUCAUUGAAAAGUAAUGAUGUUAGUAUCAAUAAUAAUAGUAAUAUUAAUAAUGAUAAUACCAUUAGUGAUAUUAUUAACAAUGAUAAUAAAUUAAAUCAUGUAUUUCAACGUUCUAAUCAUUGUAUGCAGUAAGAUAAAGGAUUACAUUGAAAAUCUUGUAAACGUUGAAUAUAUCGAACAUUCUUUCUCUCUCACUCUCUGACUCUCUCUCCAUCUAUUGUGAAUUAAUCAAGGAAAACUGUGAAAAACUGUAGUACUUUUUUUCUCUUUGUGUUGUAGUUUGCACAUAAAUUGUUUAUUUAACUAAUUGACAAUCAGUUGUACAUCGAACAGGAGCAAAUGUCUCCAUAUAUCAUUUUAAUCAUGUUUCUAUCUUUGAAUAUCUUUUAUCUAUCAUUUGUACUAUGGUCUUUCGUAUUUUGUGUGAUUAUUUGAUUUGUAAAAAAAGAAACAAACUUUUUUUACGCAUUGUUUUAUUCUUUUUUGUUAAAGUGUAUUUUUCAUUGAAAUGAUGAGUAGUGAUUGAUGCACCGAUAUAAAUAGAUGGUGAAGUAUAUCAGACAGUUUAUA